CGGUGAAGAGAUAUAUACCGCAACUCAAAAGUCUUCUCAGUUCUAUCAAAGGAUGUCGAAGUUUACGAUUAUUCCAAUAUGUCUCGUUACCUUAUUCCUCUGCACCAAGUCGUUUCCCGACCAAACUGAUGACGCCCCAAGUUUUCAGUCGCCACUUAAGGUCAAGAGAGAUCAACGGACGUCGAUCGUUGCUACGAAGUUCGGAGGGAUAUCAGCCGUCAAUAUCGGAGAUGGAUACACUAUCCAUCUCAUAACAUUAGAGCCAGACGCACUCCUGCUUCCUCUUCUUCUCCAUUCCGACAUGGUUUUAUUUGUCCACACUGGGAGUGGGAAUUUGAAUUGGGUGGACGAGGAAGAGAAAGAGAGGACGUUAGAACUAAAACGAGGAGAUGUUUUCAGGCUGCGUUACGGUACAGUUUUCUACCUACAUUGCAACUCAGGGAGAGAUGAAGUUCCAGAGAAACUUAGAGUUUAUGCAAUCUUCGAUGUGGGGAAGUGUUUACAUGAUCCAUGUCGAGGAGCAUACUCGAGUAUUAGAGACUUGUUAUUGGGAUUUGACGAGAAAACUCUCCGUUCAGCUUUUGCGGUUCCUAAGGACGUUUUUGGGAGGCUAAGAGAUGCGGUGAAACCUCCGUUGAUCACAAAUGCUAUGCCAAAAAACAGAACACAAGGGCUGGAGGAGGAGGAGACGUGGGGAUCACGGCUAGCCAAACUAUUUGUCAGAGUUGAAGACGUGACUGAUCAUUUGGAGAUGAAACCGGUUGAUAAUAGUAAGAAGAAGAAAAAGAAGAAGAAGAACAGUGCGUACAAUGUUUUUGAAUCUGAUCCAGACUUUGAGAAUGCCAAUGGGCAGAGCAUAGUGGUUGACGAGAAGGAUAUGGAUGAUUUAAAGGGUUCAAGUUUUGGAGUUUAUAUGGUUAAUUUAACGAAGGGGUCAAUGAUGGGGCCUCACUGGAACCCUAAUGUUUGUGAGAUAUCGAUUGUGUUACAAGGAGAAGGGAUGAUCCGAGUGGUUAACCACCCAUCGUCGGAAAGCAAGAAGACCGAGAGUGAGAGGUUUAUGGUAGAAGAAGGAGAUGUUUUUGUUGUGCCGCAGUUUUAUCCUAUGGCUCAGUUGUCUUUUGUAAACAGUUCAUUCGUGUUUAUGGGAUUUAGCACGUUGGCCAAGACAAACCACCCUCAGUUCCUAGUAGGGCAGAACUCGGUUCUUAAGGUAUUCGACCGAGACGUACUUGCCACGUCUUUCAACAUGAGAUAUGAAACUAUGGAGAGGUUGUUGGGAGCUCAGAAAGAUGGUUUAAUGUUGGAGUGUGUGUCUUGUGCUGAGGUGGAGCUUUCUAGGCUUAGGAGAGAGAUUGAAGAAAGGAAAAGACGUGAGGAGGAAGAAAUUGAGCGGAGGAGGAAAGAAGAAGAGGAAGCAAGGAAGAGAGAAGAAGAAAGGAAAAAGGAGGAAGAGGAAGCUAAGCGACAAGAAGAGGAGAGGAGGAGACGUGAGGAAGAAGAAACUGAGCGAAGAAGGAAAGAAGAAGAGGAGGCAAGAAAGAGAGAAGAAGAAAGGGAAAGAGAGGAGGAGGCUGCUAAGAAACGAGAAGAAGAGAGGAGGAGACGUGAGGAAGAAGAAACUGAGCGAAGAAAGAAAGAAGAAGAGGAGGCAAGAAAGAGAGAAGAAGAAAGGAAGAGGGAGGAGGAGGCUGCUAAGAAACGAGAAGAAGAGAGGAGGAGACGUGAGGAAGAAGAAACUGAGCGAAGAAAGAAAGAAGAAGAGGAGGCAAGAAAGAGAGAAGAAGAAAGGAAGAGGGAGGAGGAGGCUGCUAAGAAACGAGAAGAAGAAGCUGAGCGUAAAAGAAAAGCAGAAGAGGAAGCAAGAAAGAGGGAAGAAGCAAGGGAAAAAGAGGAAGAGAUGGCCAAGAGGCAGAGAAAGGAAAGAGAAGAAGAGGAAGCUAUGAAAAGAGAAGAGGAGAGAAAGAGAGAAGAAGAAGCUGCUAAAAGAGCAGAGGAGGAACGAAGAAAGCGAGAAGAAGAAGAAGAACAGAAGCGGAGGCCACCGCCACAACCACCUAUCACUCACUGAUGCUUGUGAUACAAGUAAAGGCCGAAAUUCCAGUUUUCAUAUCUUCUUAACUGGUUGGGUUUUUUGUAUGCUUCAGAUUUUUGUAAAUCGAAGCUGGGGAAUAAUAUAAAAUAAAGGUUUGUCUUAUCCAAUCUUGUAAUACUCAAAUUAUUAUCGCAAACUAUAUUUCAUA